GAAGACGCGCCGGUAUCUUUACGCCGCGUUGGGUUGCUGGGCGCUGGAGAUUUUAUGCCUGCAGUUUAAAAUGUUUAGUAAAAACUAUUUAAAAAAAGGAAUAAACAGUUGCCGGGCGUCCAAAUUUGGACUCUGGGGAUGUCGUUAAGUCUGAAAAACCCUUCUUUUUUUCCGGUGCUUGUAACUAAGUGAAGCGUUGUAAGUCGAGGACUACCGGUACACCUCCAGCGACGCAGCACUCACGAGUCCAGCUGGCAAGCCCUUUGGUUGAUCCAUCAUCAUCAUCAUCUUUUAACGACUUCAUCAUCCCUUGUGGGGUGGAGUCUGGCCAACUGAACAUAGAGCUAGCAGAGUGUUGAAGGGCCGGACGCUGCUCUUGUCACCAGGACUGAGUUUUGUUCAGCUGAUAUAUUUCUCACUGUACCCAGAGGGAGAGAGAGAGAAAUAUCUGCCUCUACCUAGGAUCGAACUCACAAACCUCCUGAUGGCUCAGGUGCUGCCUUACACCCCAUCCCAGGGGUUUCGAUGCCUCAACGCCAGGGAAGAAUAUUACGACGAAAACAGCCAGAAAUGUUGCCGUUUGUGCCCUCCAGGUUUCCGGGUGCAUCGGAAAUGCGACAGCAAUGUCAACACACAAUGCAUCCAGUGUGCGGAAGGCUUGUUCAACACGGGCUGGAGUCAAGCCAAAAGGUGUUUUAGUUGUUCGCCACAAUGCAAAGAAGGAUUUGUGGAGGAAAAAACCUGCACCCACAGGCAGAACAGGGUGUGCUGGUGUCCUGAGGGCCACUUCUGCAGCUUGGUACUCUCCGGCAAAUGCUACCAGUGCCAGCCCUACCAGAACUGCACGAUGGGCUACGGAGUGCUCCGAGCAGGCACGAGAGAAACGGAUGUGGAAUGUGCGCCGUGCCAACCGGGCACCUUCUCCGAUCACGAGUCCCACCAGAAUCGCUGCGCCCCUCACCGGAUAUGUCAGGCGGUGCUCGUUCCCGGAAGCAACACCCACAACACCGUUUGUGGCCAUCCGGGUGGGCCGGUUGAGCCCGGGACGACGUCUCCGCCACUCACAACCGCAACCAAGAGGCUCCUGUGGGGUGCUGGGACCGAGAGACCAACCUUCAACCGACAGGAUUCAUCCGCACAGACCGGGCGGAUUGUCGGCAUGACGACUAUCCCAGUGGUGCUGACGGCCCUCAUUUGCUUCAUCGUUUUUAGAAAAAGUGGUCAAAAGUGUCCCCCAUUUUGGGAGGAGAAGAAACAGCCGUUCGCGCCUGCCGAAAAGUUCCCGGUGAAGUGGCCUCAGGAGCCCACAGCUGCGGGGCAGGAGAAGGACAGUCUCUUGCGGACGUCCCCCUCGCGUUUUGGGGACAAUCCAACGGCCGGGCCUGAGAAAAGCAGCGAAACCAGCAACGGAGACCCUCCCAAGAUGGAAACCGACAACGUUGCACAGAGAUCAACGAAUGACGGGAGAUGCUACAGCGCGGCAGACUCGACGGAGAUUGUGGGAAGCGGGAAAACCCAUGUGAAUGUCAGCUGCGUGGUCAGCAUCUGCAACGGCGGUCACUCUCCGGCCUCCUUCAAGCCCUCCGGGGUGGCCGAAGCCGGGCGCCCCACUGACCCUCCCCUCUCGCAGGAGGAAACCACCGCGAGAGGGGAUUCCCUCCGACCAAUCGCGGUGGAGGUUGAAGACACCUUGGACUACUUGAACCCCUGUGGGGGGGAGCCCCUCCCGCUUAGCGUCCAAGACGGCGGCAUGAAGAGGUCCUGAGAACGACGGAGGGUUUUCCGCGCAGCGACUUCCGCCCUGCUUAAGAAACUCCAGGAAUGACUGAUAUCCGGGAAGGAAGUUUGCGAAGGAAAAAUAAGCCUUUUAAUGCCGUCCUCCACUUGGGACCAUUUGUUUAGCGACGGCCGACGUCGCAACGGUGCUGAAAAAAAAGAAGCGACUUAGGACCGGUCCUCGCACUUACGACCGUCGCAGCACUCCCCGUGGUCGCGCGGUCGAAAUUCAGACGCUUCGCAACUGACUCAGAUUUACGACGGUCGCAGCGUCCCCUUCUGCGACCUUCCGACGAGCCGAGUCAGCGGGGGGAGGGGGGGAACAGCGGAUUUGCUUAACGACCGUGUGACUAACCGAGCCACCGCAGUGGAUUCGCUUAACAACGGCGGCAAGAAAGGUCGUAAAAUGGAGCCGAACUUAUUGUCUCGCUUGGCGACUGAAAUUUUGGGCAAUGUUGGGGUCGUAAGUCGAGGACAACCAGUCGUUGAAUUCAAGGAAUAAUUGUCCCCCAGCCAGAGGGAUGAUUUGCAACGAUUCUUGAAAGCCAUUCUUAAAAACGCACAAUUUCCCCCCUCCCCAAAAUGCCUCAUCAUCAGUUUACGGCGGUGCUGAAUUUCAGAUAAGCCGUAAACGUCUCUCUCUCUCCCUCUCUGCUGCCCCCUUAUGACUGUCCAGAUUUCUGCAGCCGAAAUAGUAGCCGAAUUUUUUAAUUUUCUUGUUGCUGUCUUUCAUAUUUUUGCACUUUUGCUGAAUAAAUUCCAAUUUUAAACAAGAAAGUAGAAAACCACA